CCAGCUACCAAGCACAGUGUGGUCACAAUACAGUCGUCACUCUCUAACUGAGCCAGUUAAGUGCGCAGCUUUUAACUGUACAACUUCAAUUUCAGCAUGCUUGCGGACGACAUAGGAAUCUUCGGAUCCCAUCGGCGUGUGAACCCAAAUACACGGACCUUAUUAUUUACGUCGCGUCCGUAGCGAAGAAAUCCGUAUUUUAUGGUGGAUUUCAUACGGGGAGUUCAACGCUGUAGUGGCGAGCUCAAGUCGCUACAAAUAAGAGGACACGAGGAUCCUUAAAGGACCAUGGAGGAGGCCCCAGAGGUCCCUGUCUCAGACCCAGUCCCGGACCCGGCCCUAAUCCUGACCCCAACACCCUGUCCUGCCUCCAACAUACCCUCCCAAAGCCUGUUGGAGUGGAGGAAGAGGGUGAAGUCUGAGUACAUGCGCCUCCGUCAGCUGAAACGCUUUAAAAACGCAGAGGAGGUCAAGGCCUUGUUCAUGUCCAACCGGCAGAAGAUAGAGGAACGUACCAACCUUCUGAACGAGGAGUGGUCCAAGCUGAGGAUCCAGUCAGUUCCCCUGUCUACCCCAGGUGGAGCGCUACCCGGCAAAAAGUUGUGCAUGGUGGAGUUUGGCUUCCCAGCGUUUAAAGCUCAGGCGGUUGCCGUGCGGCCCCUGACGACCGUGGCAGGAAUCCCCUUCAUGUACUCCUGGUCCCCUCUGCAGCAGAACUUCAUGGUGGAGGAUGAGACGUUCCUCCAUAACAUCCCCUACAUGGGAGACGAGGUGUUGGAGCAGGACGAGGCCUUCCUGGAGGAGCUUAUCGACAACUAUGACGGUGUCCAUGGAGACAGAGAGGGAGGGUUCAUCAACGACGAGAUCUUUAAAGAGUUGGUGGAGGCCUUGAGCCAGUACUCAGACCAGGAGGAGGAAGAGGAGGAGGCGGCGGAGGAGGAGAAAGGGGGGAAAGAGGAGGAGGAGAAGGGGGUGAGGAAGAGCGCUGGGGAAGGGACUGAAGAGGCCACGGUGGGGCCCACAGCCUUCUUCAGGAGGAAGAGGAGGAGUGUCAUAGAGGUGAGGGAUUCGCCUGCCAAUAAGAAGGUCCCGCAUGAUAAGAUAUUCACUGCCAUCGCCUCGAUGUUUCCCUACAAGGGUACGACAGAGGAGCUGAAGGAAAAGUACAAGGACCUCCUGGAGCCCCCCAGCCCGGUAAAGCUGCCCCCCCUCUGCACCCCUAACAUAGACGGGCCGUUCGCCAAGUCUGUCCAGCGGGAGCAGUCUCUGCACUCCUUCCAUACGCUGUUCUGCAGGCGCUGCUUCAAAUACGACUGCUUCCUCCACCCUUUUCACGCUACUCCCAAUGUUUACAAGAGGAAGAGCAAGGAGAUUCGCAUGGAGACAGAGCCCUGUGGUCUGGACUGCUUUCUGCUACAGAAAGGGGCCAAAGAGUUUGCGGAUCAGGAGAUGCUGCGCUCCCAGAGGUCUCGGCGGCGGCGGCGACAGCCACGCCCUCCCAGCUCCAGCUGCCCUGGCCCGUCAGGCACCACUGAGGAGGCCAAGGAGGUGGAUAGUGACCACGAGACCACCAGCUCCUCAGAGAGCAACUCUCGCUGUCAGACCCCCACCAAGCUGUGUCCGGGGGAGGAGCACGGGGAACAGGUGGAACCUCCUGUCCAGUGGAGUGGGGCUGAGGAGUCUCUGUUCAGAGUGCUGCACGGAACCUACUACAACAACUUCUGCUCCAUCGCUCGCCUCAUCAGCACCAAGACCUGCAAACAGGUGUAUGAGUUUGCUGUGAAAGAGGUCCUGAUCCAUCGUGUUCCGUUGGUGGAGGGUGGCAACUCCCCUCAGAAGAAGAAGAGGAAGCACAGGUUAUGGGCAAAGAUACAGCUCAAGAAAGAUAACUUGUCCAAUCAGGUGUACAACUACCAGCCAUGUGACCACCCAGACCACCCAUGUGACAGCUCCUGUCCCUGUGUGAUGACCCAGAAUUUCUGUGAGAAGUUCUGCCAGUGUGAGCACGAGUGCCAGAACCGUUUCCCGGGCUGCCGCUGUAAGACCCAGUGCAACACCAAGCAAUGUCCCUGCUACCUGGCGGUGAGGGAAUGUGACCCAGAUCUGUGUAUGACCUGUGGAGCCGCGGACCACUGGGACAGCAAGGUCGUCUCCUGCAAGAACUGCAGCAUCCAAAGGGGGCUCAAGAAGCACCUCCUGCUGGCCCCCUCAAACGUGGCAGGGUGGGGCACCUUCAUCAAAGAGUCAGUUCAGAAGAAUGAGUUCAUCUCAGAGUACUGUGGAGAGCUAAUCUCGCAGGAUGAGGCGGACCGACGGGGCAGGAUCUACGACAAAUACAUGUCCAGCUUCCUCUUCAACCUCAACAAUGACUUUGUCGUGGACGCCACAAGGAAAGGGAAUAAAAUCCGAUUUGCGAAUCACUCGGUGAACCCAAACUGCUACGCUAAGGUGGUCAUGGUGAAUGGAGACCACCGCAUCGGGAUCUUUGCCAAACGGGCUAUCCUACAGGGGGAGGAGCUCUUCUUCGACUAUAGGUAGAGCCUUGUGGCCAUGGGAACACUGGAGCCUUUGAUACAAUACGGUACAGCCAGGAUGAUGCCCUGAAGUAUGUGGGCAUAGAGAGAGAGGUCGACGUGGCCUAGCAUUAACUUGCUGCAUUUCAACCACCCGCACUGACCCCUUGCUGACUGACACCCCCCCCCUUUCCAUCACCUGGUAACUCUUCUUCUCCUCCCCACAAUGCCACAACAAACAGAAGCUCUAUUGGCCUCUGUGAAACAUUCACCGUAAUGGAGGAGAAUUAAAAUAGCUGAUCUAUGUUACUGACUAUUGGCCUCUGUGAAACAUUCACCGUAAUGGAGGAGAAUUAAAAUAGCUGAUCUAUGUUACUGACUAUUGGCCUCUGUGAAACAUUCACAUUAAUGGAGGAGAAUUAAAAUAGCUGAUCUAUGUUACUGACUAUUGGCCUCUGUGAAACAUUCACCGUAAUGGAGGAGAAUUAAAAUAGCUGAUCUAUGUUACUGACAAUUGGGGCAUUGACAACAGUGCUGUGACUAAAUGGUUUUCUUCUCCCUUGGUGACAAUUUCAGUGAAAUCACUUCCUCUCUGCAGGAAGCACUUCCCCACUGCUUUAUCACUCACCUAUCGAAACUGUGUACAUGAAGCUUCUGGAACGAAACAAGCAAUUAGAAUGGUAACAAAACUACAGUAUAUAUUCAAUGUAUCGCUUAUACUGUACCAUCAGCCUCAUGGCAUUGUUGUUAUUUUCAACAUGAACACAUGCUGUGUGUUAUUCUCUCUGUAUUUGUUAUUCUCUCUGUUACUGUACUCACAUCUAUUAACUAUUGCAACGCUAACUUUUUAGCCUACAGUGUAUCUAUUAACAGUGCAAGACAAGCGCACGUGUUGUCUUUUGGUUUAAAAUGAACUGUAAGCACAUUAGCAAGAUAAUUAGCUCUUAUUUUCAAAUGCAGGUCUAUGGAGGAACUCAAUAUCCUGUCAUGUUACUCAGAAAAAGCCUCUUCCUGGUAGCUUUUGGAGGCAAUGCUAAACUCAUGAUAAUGCUUAAGCUCUGUAUCUGACCGGUCUCUGUGGCUAUAGCAUCAACACCACCCCCUUCAUACAUAAUGAAAUAACUUACUGUGCAUUUAUACCAAUGUUCUUCAAAAAAAUAUGCCGUGCCGUACGAGAAACCGACUAACUGAAUGUGAACUCUGAAGUGGUGGUUGAUGGGAGAUCUCAUUCCUCCUUUAGUUUGACAACUCUAGUGACCCGUGCCAUUGGUACUCAGUGAUAUGUAUACUUUAUGAAGCAUUUGCCAUUCAGUUUACAAUGAGCGUCAGCUCUUCUAACUCUAAAGAGACUAUAUCCGUGUGUAAGAACCAUGCACAGCAUAGUCUUCCCUGAACUAGCUGUGAGUGCCAAAUGAAUCUAAACUGAAAGAGAAGGGUUGUCAUUAUGGUGUUUGUAUUGUAUAUAAUGGACAGGACUGUGUUACAGGUAACCAUUUUACAGUUCUACUCGUCACGGGAAAAUGAAAUGGAAAAAAAUCUUCUUUUUUUUUACUAUUUCAAGUGCCCCACCUGGAUGUUGUGUACGUACAACCAUCCAUCUGAUCAUGUUGUCACACUAUAUAAAAGUGAAUUGUGGAACUGACAUCCAGGUCUGAUAUUCACCCAGGAUUUUAUCCUUCAAUCCAAAAACAUUGACACCCACGACAAGAUGAGAUCUUUCUGCACGGAGGUGACUGAAACGAUAUGGAAUUUAUCGUUAUGUACAACUUAUGCCUAUGAAAAUAAAACUUUAACUUUAUACAUUA